UUUUAUCUACGUGCAGUAUAUCUUAUUUAGUGGUGAUUUUAAAGACUUGGGGACUUCUUUUGACGCUCCUUUAAAUAGUUCAUCAAGGGAAAAUUCAAUACAAGUAAAAAAAAAAGUGACCAAAGUCGGAGAACAUACAGCAUCUAGAUUUGCAGAAAAGAUGCCGGACGAGAUGUCACGGCCACUGGUCCCAGGGUGGAGUGAAUCAGGAGGCUCCAGACAGCUUGAGGCCUCCCUGUCGGACCCCAACACCCCCACGAUCGGCAUUCUGGGAACAGGUGACUUCUCCCGCUCGCUGGCCAGGCGACUGGUGGCUUCUGGUUACCAAGUGGUGGUGGGGAGCCGAAGCCCCGCUCGGUCUGUGGCUCUGUUCCCAGAGGAGGUCGAGGUGUCAUCCCAGAUGGAGGCAGCGACCCAGGCGGAUGUCGUUUUCGUCGCAGUAUUUCCAGAGCACCACUCUACGCUGGUGACCCUGAAGUCCGCUCUGGCCGGGAAGACGCUCGUGGACGUCAGCAACAGUUUAGGCAUCAACCGAGACGGGCCGUCCAACGCCGAACACCUCUCCAACCUUUUCCCAGACAGUUUUGUGGUGAAAGGCUUCAACACUUUAUCCGCCUGGACGCUCCAGAUGGGACCGCGGCAUGGAAUCAGGCAGGUUCCCCUGUGUGGCAACAGUAGUAAGGCCAAAGACUUGGUGAAGCACAUCUGUCACAGGAUGGGCUUCAUCCCUGUGGAUAUGGGCUUCCUGUCAUCUUCCCUGGAGGUGGAAAACCUCCCACACCAUCUGUUCCCUUCAUGGCGGAUCCCUGUCCUCUGCAUGCUGUGCCUUUUCAUCUUCUUCUACCUGUACAACUUCAUUCAGGAAGUCAUUCACCCCUUAGUCAAGACGGGAAAGGGCGCCUUCUACAAAAUGCCCAUCGAAGUUGUCAAUGCGUCUCUUCCAUCGGUGGCGCUGGUGAUGCUGGCCCUGGUUUACCUUCCAGGCUUGUUUGCCGCCUUCAUCCAGCUUCAGUGGGGCACCAAGUACAAACGCUUCCCCGACUGGCUGGACCGAUGGCUCACCGCGAGGAAGCAGUUUGGCUUGUGUAGUUUCCUGUGUGCCGUCACGCACGCCGUUUACAGUCUCAGUCUUCCUCUGAGAAAGUCCGCCCGCUACAAACUCUCCAACAUGGCUUACCAACAGGUCAAAGCUGGGGUUGAGGAUUCAUGGAACGACGAGGAGGUGUGGAGGAUGGAGCUGUACGUCUCUGCCGGCAUCAUGGCGCUCGGGCUGCUCUCGCUGUUGGCCGUCACCUCACUGCCGUCGGUGGCCAACACCCUCAACUGGAGGGAGUUCACCUUCAUCCAGUCGUCUCUGGGUUUCUGCGCCCUGGUCACCGCCACGGCCCACACGCUCAUUUUUGGGUGGAACCGCGCCUUCGCCGCAGCUCGCUACCCCUUCUACCUGCCCCCGAGCUUCGUCCUGGUCCUCAUCCUCCCCUGCUUUGUCCUGUGCGGACGCCUGGCUCUCCUCCUGCCCUGCGUGGCCGCCCGUCUCUGGAAGAUCCGCCGCGGGUGGGAGAGGAGCCGGCAGAUCCGCUUCGCCCUGCCGGGGGAAGACUGCCGCAACGGAGUGGAGGACGUCAGCAACGUUUGAGAAAAGGACGAUAAGCUACGAGUGAAGUCACUUUCCCUGUAUCUCUGGGAUGGAAAGCUCACAUCUGGAUCCAAACACGCUAACGCUACACUUUAAACAAUCUAUAUGUGUUUAAACAGCACAAUCUCUAAGAAUAAACUAGAUAGCUCUGUGACAAACUUAAAAAAAUAGUUUCACUCAUUUCUGUUGCAGUACCACUGAUGGCCACUAGGCGCUGUCCUUUAUAUCCUCCUUGAAAGUCUCCCACCGUCCACAAAUUGCUGAAUUUUCCCUUUUUUUCUGAUGACGUUUUGUUGCUCCUUAAGGUUUUUUGUGAAGAAAGUCUAUGCUAAAGAAGAAACAUCAUUAGGCUGUUUGUUGGCGACGCCUUAUUGAUCAAAGACUCCUAAUUGGUUCAUGUGUUUAUUUAUAUCUUCAAAUAUUGUUUAAAUUUAAAUACCAAAAAGUAUUUAUGUUACUUUUGAACGUGUCAAUCAGUAAGUUAGCACUUUUUUUUGGCUUUCAUUGGUCUGCUGAUUCCUUACACUUUCUAAGUUCCACAUCCUUGGCUGUUGAUUUGACGGGUUUAAUGUCAUUUUUGUUUGUUUUGUCACUCGCUCUCCUAAAAGUCUCUUUCUGUUGGAAUCGUAAAAAUGUGUCGUGCCAAGUUUUUGUUACUGAUACGUCUGUAAAAACUUCAAAUCCAAAACAGUAAAGCAGAUAUUUUUGAA